UCCACACACACACAUCCUACUCCCCCUCCACUCUAUGCUCCAAGCUCAAAACUAGGCCCCGGGAGCGGCGGGGCGGGAACAAGGGCGGUAGAACCCGCCCAUCCCAAUGACUGGCACCGACAGUGACCAGUCAGAACAAGAGAAGGCUUUGCGGGAGGCCCCCGGCUGGCCAAUCAGGGGCCUCCCCGCUGGGACGCGCCUAGAGGGAGCCGGGGGGCUGCAGUUGGAACAGGAGGCCAUGGAGCAGACCCAGCUGCUGGAGUGGGGGGAGGACGGGGACCCCCCCGGGGGAGAGGCCGACGGGGAAGCUCCCCAGCCCGUGGGGCGGCUGCACCUUCUCAGCAGCAAAUACGGGCCAGAGCAAGAUUUCUGGAUCUACCCCGGGGAGAAUGUGGUGGGGCGGCUGCCGAGCUGCCAGGUCUGCUUGCCGGCCCCCUCUGUCUCCAAAGCCCACGCGGUGAUCGAGAUCCCGGUGCCGGAUGGACCCCACCUGCUCUAUGACCGGGGCAGCCUGAACCGGACCCGGCGCCAGCGCGCCGUGCUGCUGCCCCAUGUCCGCUACAGCCUGGAGGAUGGCGACACCCUCAUGUUCGGGGACGUGGGCUGCCAGUACUUCCUGCUGCCCCUGGUGGACGCUGACCCUGAGGACUCUCUGGAGGUGCCGCCCACCCAGCCCCGGGUCCCCAAAACCCUGGCCAUCGAGGAGACCCCCGCACCCAGCAAGAGGAUGGGCUACGGGGCCCUUCUGGCCAGGGACUCUGAGGAUGAGGAGGAGUCGCAGGGCGGAGGAAGACUCCUGCAACUGCUGGGGAGCAAUGGCUCGGUCUCCUCCUCUGACACCGGAGCCCGUUCCGACACAGCGUUCUCCUCCCCGUGUGCAACUGUGGUGCCGGAAAGCGAUGAGGAAGGUGGCGAGACCCCUGACGCCCCCUGCCCCUCCCUGCGCCUGAGCUACGGCAGCGAGAAGACCCCCGGCCCGCCGGAAAACAGAGUCACUGCCCUGGGUCCCAAGCAGCCCAGGGCCAUGGGGGUGGUUGGGACGGACCGAGAGCCUGCGCUGGCCGCCUGCUGCUCGGUCAAGGGGCCUGGCCACACUGGCAUCGCCUCAGGCACAGGCCAUGGGCCAGCUGUCGGGGGCCUGGGGAACGGUUUCCCCGCUGAGGUGGGCAGCGUUACAGAUGUGGAGGAGGAGGAACGGCAUCCAGAUCUUGUGCAGAAGAACCAUGGACCUGCUGUCCUGGGGGACAGCGAUACAGAUGUGGAGGAGGUUGUGGAGAAUCUAGAUGUUGUGGAUCCAAAGAGCCACGCACCUGCCAUUGAGAUGGGUAGUGAUACAGAUGUGGAGGAGGAGGUAGAGAAUGCAGAUGUGUAUUCAAAGGGCCAUCAGCUUGCCGGAAAUGGGGACAGCGAUACAGAUGUGGAGGGGGCUGGUGUGAAUCCAGAUGUAGGUCCAAAGCGCCAUCAGCCCAGAGAUCAGAUGGACAGCGAUACAGAUGUGGAGGAGGAUGUGGCAAAGAAUCCAGAUGUGCAGCAGAACCAUCAACCUACUUUCCCUGGGGGCAGAGAGACAGAUGUGGAGGGGGGAGUGGAGAAUCCAGAUGAUAUGCAUCCCGAGAGUCAUCACUCUGCCAAAGAUGGGGAGAGCGAUACAGAUGUGGAGGAGGUUGUAGAGAAUCCAGAUGUACAGAAGAGCCAUCAGCCCGCGGUUGAGGUGGGCAGUGAUACAGAUGUGGAGGAAGAGAAGGCAGAGACUCCAGUGGUUGUACAGAACAACCAUCAACUUGUUUCCCCAGGGGGCAGAGAUGUAGAUGUGGCGCAGGCGGUGGGGAAACCAGAUGUGCAUCCUAAGGGCCAUCGGCCUGCAGGAAAUGAGGACAGCGAUACAGAUGUGGAGGAGUUUGUGGGAAAUCCAGAUGUCACUGCAAAGAGCCAUCCACCUACUAUUGAUGUGGGCAGUGAUACAGAUGUGGAGGAAGAAGCGGCAAAGAAUCCAGAUGUUGUAACGAAGAACCAUCAACUUGCUCUCCCUGGAGACAGAGCUAUAGAUGUGAUGGGGAUGGUGGGGAAACCAGAUGUGCAUCCUAAGGGCUAUCGGCCUGCAGGAAAUGAGGACAGCGAUACAGAUGUGGAGGAGUCUGGGGGGAAUCCAGAUGUUGUACAGAGGAGCCAUCGGCCCACUGUGGAGGCAGGCGACGAUACAGAUGUGGAGGAGGCUGAGGGGAAACCAUAUGUUGGAAGACAAACGGGCCCUCUGCCUGUCACCACUGGGGACAGCGAUACAGAUGUGGAGGAGAAUCCAGAUGUUGGCCAACAGACGCUCCACCUGCCUACAGCCAGUGGAGACAGCGACACAGAUGUGGAGGGGGCUCCUGGGGCAGAGUUCAAUCAGGCACCAGGUCUUGUGGGGGGCCCAGCCCAGGCAGGUGGGGAGGAGCUACCAGCCCCCCAGUCCCAUGUCAGCCCAGAGGCCAAGGUGAUGGACACCGAGGGGAACAAGGAGCCAGCCUGGGGCCCAGCCCAGCCAGGAGACGACAGCGAGACGGAUGUGGAGGAUGACGCUGAUUUUGCCCUGCAGGCCACGCAGUGCUACCUGGUUGAGGAGACCCCGUCCUCGGGGGCCGAGGCUGCCAGAGCCCCUGCGGCAGCAGAUUCUGGGAGCACCCUAGAGGAGGAAGCCACCCAGACGUUUGUCUUCAGAUCGCCCCUGCCUGCAAAAGGGUCCGUGAUGUCGCCCCCUGCUGGCCCAGCCCUGCACGCUCCAGUCUGCACCUCUUCAGAGAAGGAGGAGGAGGAGGAGGAUCUGUAUGUUCUGGGGGCCACUCAGUCGUUCUGCGAGGACCCCGGGCUCCACUCGGACCAGCCCACCCAGCCCUUCACCCCUGAGGAGGACACCCAGCUGCUGCCCCACCAUCCGCCACUGGGGGGAGCCCUGUCUCAGGAGCCGGCGCAGCCCGCAGUGCCCGGCCCGGCCUCUGGGGGGCUGCUGCCCCUCGUCACCCAGGCCCCGGCUGCUGCUCGCCUCAGCCCCAAGGAGGAGUCAGAGCCCCCUGGCAGGGCACUGCCAGCGGGGGGCGCUGGGAGGGAGCUGCCAGAAGAGGAGGAAUCCCAGCCCGUGCGCCUUGUGCUGAGCGCCCCCCGCAGAGUAACCCUGGCGCUGCAGGGUGAGGGCGGGCGGGCAGGAGCAGAGCCCGGGGGCAGCAGCUCUGGGCAGCGCCUGAGACGGCAGGGUGGCCUGGAGGCUGCAGGGAGAUGGGAGACCCCAGCGGCUGUCGGGGUCACGGGGGCUGGGGCCCACCCCAAGGGGGCACAGCCUGAGGAUGCUAGGAAGGUUCCAGAGGCUCAUCCUAGUCCCUCCACCCCCGUGAGGCGCCGGAGCCUGCGAUCCGCUCCGGUUCCUGCUCCCCCACCGCCAGCCCCUGCUCCAGAGAGGCGGAGCCGGCGGGGUGGGACAGAGAAGCCAGUGGGGUCUGGAGACCCCAACCAGCCCAUCCCGGCCGCCCCCCAGCGUAGGGGGCGGCGACAGCUCUGCAGCCCGGCCGUGUACAUGGAGGCGCCGGAACCGGGGAGCGUCGAGGAGGUGGAGCAGCCCGGCCCUGUGAAGAGGCCCAAGGGGGCUCUGCGGACCCAGGACCCCCCCACAGAGCCAGAGGCCUUGAGCCAGGCAGCUCCAGGCCGGGCCCGGAGAUCUCGGGGCGCUGCAGGUACGGAACCGGCCCGAGUCCACGAGCCCAGGAGGGGCUCGGGGAGAGCAGAGCCAGAGGCGCCGCAGGGCCGAGCCCAGCGGUCCCAGAGAGCCCCCGCCCAGGAGCCGGUCCCCAGGAGGAGGGGUGCUGCAGAGCCAGCCAGGGAGGCCCGAGGCAAGCGGAGAGGGGUGGCCACCCCGGAUCUGCCUCAGGCACGGGGCGAGGGACAAGUGGGCAGUGCCACGGCCCGAGAAGAUGCUGGGAGCGGUGCCAGAAAGAGGCAGGAGGCGCCGGUCCCCCCAUUGUGCCAUCAGAGCACAGAGAACAAGGUGGAGGGACUGCGAGCCAGGGCCCCUCGCCGAUCCCAGGGGGCAGCCAGUGGCAUGACCUCCCCCAGGGUGCUGUUCACGGGGGUGAUUGACGAGGCGGGUGAGCGGGUGGUCUCGGCGCUGGGCGGGGCGCUGGCCCUGUCGGUCUUCGACUGCACCCACCUGGUGACGGACCGGGUGCGCCGCACUGUCAAGUUCCUGUGUGCCCUGGCCCGCGGGGUGCCCAUCGUCACGCUGGACUGGCUGGACAAGAGCGGGCGCAGCGCCUGCUUCCUGUCGCCCAGCGGCUUCCUGGUGCAUGACACGGAGCAAGAGCGAAACUUCCACUUCAGCCUGGCCCAGUCGCUGCAGCGAGCGCGCAGGGGGGCCCUGCUGCAGGGCUACGAGAUUCACGUCACCCCCAAUGUCAAGCCGGAGCCCGAGCACAUGAAGGACAUCAUCCAGUGCAGCGGGGGGGUCUUCCUGCCCCAUAUGCCCCGGACGUACAAGGACAAGCGCAUCGUCAUCUCCUGCCCCGAAGACCUUCCCUGCUGCCGACCCGCCCUGAGCGCCCGGCUGCCCGUCGCCAGCACCGAGUUCCUCCUGACGGGCAUCCUCCAGCAGGCUGUCGACCUGGCCUCCUACCGCCUGGACGGCACGCCUGCCCCGCCCCCGCCCAGCGCCGCUACCCCUGCCACCCGCGGGAGCAAGAGGAAGGGGGCAUCGGGUCCUGCCCCCACCCUGCCCAGGUCCGCCAAGAGGCGGCGCUGAGGGGUCAGUGAUCCCUGACCUUGGACCCAUGAGCCUUAACCCUGUAAAUACCCCGCUUUUCUAGCAGCAAUAAAGUCAUUUUGAAAUAA